UCCUUAUUGUCAGCUUCAUUUUAUUUGCCCCCUAAACUCUCUCUACAAUCGGUAUCAAUUUGAAUAAUAUAUCGGAGAUCAUUCUCUUGUUUAUUUGAUUUCCCUUGUAUUUCUCUACCCUGAUUAUCCCAGUCAUCAAUGGGAGUCCGACGGGGAAAGAUUUUAGUGGGGAGGCUAGUCCGGUGGUGAGAAGGGGAGACAAGAAAAGGAAAGAGACAACGGGGAUGGGCAAUGGGUCACAGUUGGAGAAAAGAUUGGAAGAGGAAGAUUGUGGGUUCAGUUUAGUGGUCAAUGAGAGGCGGGCUCAGAGAGGGUUAAACCGCUAAAGAAGAAGGGAAGGGAAGGAAGGGGCUAGAUGUUGGUGAUUAUAGCAAAAUAGUCUUAUGAUGCAAAAAAAGAGGAGAGGGUUCAGUGACGGAAGGGGGCUUUCCGGUGGAGAGAAGCGAAGGCCGCUCACAGGAAAGAAGAGAAGGAAAAAGAGACUAGGUGGUCACUCAAAAAAUCAAAAGUUUUCUGCAGUAAUGACAAUGACUCAAUGAGGACCUAGUAAUGACAACGAGUGGAAUGCAAAAGGAGUGCACAGUGGACAUUUAGUCUGGUUAUAUAAUUAUUUUCCUCUUCGUUAUGAUCUUGGCAUUUUUGUAAUUCUUUUGAGAUUGCUAAUUUGUUGGAUAACAUAAUUCCCCUUCCCCAUCGUACUCUUCAGACAUAUGAUUUCUCUGAAAUGUUUCUUGCUGAUUAAUCUCCUGUGUGGUACGACAAAGUCCAAAUGCUAGUAGCUAUAGUUUCUUGCUUGUUAGUUAUCUAAUGUGGUUUAACAGAUUCUAAAUCCUUAUACCUUUCUGUUGGAGCUGAUAUAUACUUUCUAAAAUAUUUUUUCUCUUCUUCAAAAUUUGCAUUGAAUUUGGCCAGUGGUGUUAAUGUUUUUAAUUCCUACAGAUUGUGAAAGAGUAGGUGAAAAAGGUCACAGAGACUAAGGGGUUCAAUGAGCAGCUGGUCAAAAGAAGCAAAUGCAAAAGUCUUCACCUUUGCCUCUUAUCAAUUGGAGGUUUGGUUCUAAAUGAAAAGUUGGAUUGGGGAAUUAGCAACUAUACCUCUUUAAGAUCACUCAUGCUCCAACAAUGAUGGUAUUAGACUAUUAGUGAGUGAUUCAACUGCAAUUGAACUUUAAAUGCACUACGUUAUAAAUGUUAUAUUAAUUUGCUUAUCAUAAGUUAUUAGUCUUGUGAUUUGCAAUUUGAGGACAUGAGUGUGAAAGAUUCCAGUAUCAUUGAUCAAUGAAAGACUUCUUUUUCU